AUGUCGCGCAUCGCUGCUAGCCUAGCUAAGAUUGACAUAGAUCAGUAUAGUGGUAGUGGGCAAGCCGGUGUCCCGUUGAAGAAGCGUUCCGAUUUGAUAGGGCUGAUGCACCAAAAUCAGGGGAUCACGUUGAUACAAAGCGAUAGGCACAAGAUGGUUUGCUACGAAACCCCAACGGGGCUGCAGCUAUUCUGUUCAAGCGACUUGGCUUCACCAAGCGUCCUACAAUGUCGACAAUAUUUGGAGCAAAUAUACCAGCUAUACGCGGAUUGCAUAACAAAGAACCCACUUUGCGACUGCGAAAUGCCUAUUAGACUUCCUUUUUUUGAUGAUCAAGUGGAACAACUUACACUACGCUAUUGA